CCGCCUCUCCGCUUGCUCCAGCCUCCGCCGCUUCAGCUUCCCGAGCGAGCCCUGCGGCCGCCGGAGCAGCUCCCGCGGCGGAGCAGGAGCCGGAUGGUCAGAGGAGCCCGGCAGCCCCAGCAGCCGCGGAGUCGCCUGGCCCCCAGACUGACUGGCACAGUGGAGAAACCACCUCGAAAACGGAAAAGCAGGACUGAAUUUGCUCUUAAGGAAAUCAUGUCCUCUGGAGGUGCUGAAGAUGACAUCCCACAGGGAGAGAGGAAAACCGUUACAGAUUUUUGUUACCUUCUGGAUAAAUCCAAGCAGCUGUUCAAUGGGUUAAGAGAUUUGCCACAAUAUGGGCAGAAGCAGUGGCAGUCCUAUUUUGGAAGAACUUUUGAUGUUUACACCAAACUCUGGAAGUUCCAGCAGCAGCAUCGACAAGUCUUGGAUAAUCGGUAUGGCUUGAAGCGGUGGCAAAUAGGGGAAAUUGCUUCUAAGAUUGGGCAGCUAUACUACCAUUAUUACCUGCGUACAUCUGAGACCAGCUAUCUGAAUGAAGCUUUCUCCUUCUACUCUGCCAUCAGACAGAGAUCAUAUUAUUCUCAAGUCAAUAAAGAGGACAGACCUGAGCUGGUAGUUAAGAAGCUACGAUACUACGCAAGAUUUAUAGUAGUUUGUCUGCUUCUCAACAAAAUGGAUGUUGUGAAGGAUCUGGUAAAGGAACUCUCAGAUGAAAUUGAAGAUUAUACUCACCGCUUUAAUACUGAAGAUCAAGUGGAAUGGAACCUGGUUCUUCAAGAAGUAGCAGCUUUCAUUGAGGCAGACCCUGUGAUGGUAUUAAAUGAUGAUAAUACAAUUGUUAUCACAUCUAAUCGCCUUGCUGAAACGGGAGCCCCAUUGCUGGAACAGGGCAUGAUUGUGGGACAGUUGUCUCUGGCUGAUGCACUCAUUAUUGGUAAUUGUAAUAACCAGGUUAAGUUCAGUGAACUAACUGUCGACAUGUUCCGGAUGUUACAAGCCCUGGAAAGGGAGCCAAUGAAUUUAGCUUCCCAGAUGAAUAAACCAGGAAUGCAGGAAUCAGCUGACAAGCCUACCAGGAGAGAGAACCCUCACAAGUAUCUGCUCUACAAACCAACCUUCAGCCAGCUGUACACAUUCUUAGCAGCAUCUUUUAAGGAGCUGCCUGCCAAUAGUGUGCUUCUGAUUUACCUGUCAGCCACUGGCGUUUUCCCCACAGGUCGUUCUGAUAGUGAAGGACCUUAUGAUUUUGGAGGGGUACUUACUAAUAGCAACCGGGAUAUUAUAAAUGGAGAUGCCAUCCACAAACGCAAUCAAUCCCACAAGGAAAUGCACUGCCUUCAUCCUGGAGAUCUCUAUCCCUUCACAAGGAAGCCCCUGUUCAUCAUUGUGGAUUCGUCCAAUAGUGUUGCAUAUAAGAAUUUCACAAACUUAUUUGGACAGCCACUAGUCUGCUUGCUUUCUCCUACAGCAUAUCCAAAAGCUUUACAAGAUCAAUCUCAACGAGGUAGCCUCUUCACUCUCUUUUUGAACAAUCCUCUAAUGGCCUUCCUAUUUGUCUCUGGAUUGUCAAGCAUGCGUAGAGGCCUAUGGGAAAAGUGUCAAGAAUAUCUUCGAAAAAUCAACCGCGAUAUUGCCCAGCUACUGACCCAUUCACGUUCAAUAGAUCAGGCAUUUCUCCAGUUCUUUGGAGAUGAAUUUCUUCGCUUGCUUCUCACAAGGUUUAUCUUCUGUUCAGCCACCAUGAGGAUGCACAAGAUUUUUCGGGAAACACGAAAUUACCCAGAAUCAUAUCCACAACUGCCAAGGGAUGAAACGGUGGAGAACCCUCACCUCCAGAAGCACAUUUUGGAGUUAGCAUCCAUUCUGGAUGUGCGAAACGUGUUCCUUGAGAAUACCAUAGACGACUAUUAAAACAAAAAUCCUCCUGUUGAAACAAGUUUUCAUUUGCCACAGAUUUUAAAUGGUGCAGUUUUCUAAUGUGAUGACAGACACAUAGUGGUGUUAUUUAGUUUUUAUUUUUCAAUUUUAGGACCACCAUUUUAAAAACAAACUGAAAAAAGUUGUUCAACCUUUUAGGGUAACUGUUUUAAAAUACAAUCUUUCAGGUCUUUUAAAAACUCAAUUAAUCUUGGAAUUUUUAUUUUUUGGUUUUGAGGUAUGGAUACUUACCUCUAACAUCUAAUCCUACACUCAAAGAGUCACUAUUCUCACCCUGAGAAGAGUAAAUCAUUUAUUUUUGUAUAAUGAGGAAAAUCCAACUCUUAUACUUGGACCUUAAAUAUGUGGAUUUGGAAAAUAUGUAAUUGUUCACAAAGAUGAAACUAGCCAGCAUGGACUACUAAAAAUCAAGAAUAGAGCCCUUCCAUAAUGUUUCUUUUCAUUCCAAUUUAGUAGAUUGAAAAAUGUGUGAUUCUUUGAAGCAUAAUCAAGAUAGUUCUUGAAAGCAUUUAAUUUGUUUAAAUGCUGUCAAAAUUUCAGAAACUGUAUAGGAUUGAUUUGCAUCUGAAAAGCUAAAUCUUUAGUUGGGGGUCUCGAGGUGAUAAAUAUCAUUUGGAAUGUUUGAGUCCUGUGUUAUCAUGAGAUAUGUUUGCAUUUUUUCUUUUCCUUAUAGUCUUUGAAUGCUGGAAGUGAAAAAGAACAACUUUUAAAUCUUUCAGUCAAAACAUCAGAUUGUCAGUUUCAUAAUACAGUGUUCCCAUAGGAAUUCCAUUUAAACUCUUAUUAAUGAAUGAGAUCAAGUUUAAAGACUGUCUAGAUUGAAGUCUGUGGCAUACAGUACAGAGAUUGUAAUCUUUUUUUGCCUAGUUCAGAUUUAUGAGACUUCAAAGCCAGAGAUGUUAUUAAUUUUAGUUGAAGGUAACUGAAUUGUUAUUUAACCUAAAAUGGAAGUUGCUUUUGCAUUGACAAUUUGGAAAUAAGAAUUUUAAAACUCCUUAUAUUUACUAUUUUAUAUUUCAUGCACAAGUUUUUUAUUAUUUUAUAUAGGACUCAGUAUAUAAUAUAAAGAUUUUUGUAUUUUUUUUCUUCCCUUUCAUCUCCUUCAUAAUUUCACAGGCACUAGGUAUGAUUUCUUUCCCUUCUUUUGACUCUACAACAUUCAAGUUCAGAAUUCUAUGAAUCAAAAGCCCUUCUACCUAAUUUUCUGUACAGGCUCACAUUCUACCUCUGGCAGUCCCAGGGGAAAUGAGGUAUUUGCUUUUAGUGCCUCUUUCCUAUGUCCCUAAGGAAAUUUUACUGUAAUAUUUUUAACUUGGUUUUUAUUUCUGACAUAGAGAAUUAUUUGGGUCUAAGUUAUUCAUAUACCUGUUCCAGUUUGUUGAUUUUUCAUCUGAAGUCUUGAAGUUAUUCUUGGGUUUGGGAGACUUUGUGGGUUUUUUUAAUAAUUUUUUAAAAGUCAGUUUUGUUUGUUCUUUUAAACAUUAUUUCAGAAGGCUUUAGAAAAGUUUCCCUGGAAAGAGAUUUCCUUUGCUAGUGGGUUUUUAUUAUCAGAUAAAGACGGCUUUCCUUUUUUUUUUUCCUCCUAGUACCUUAAGAAAUUUCAUAGCUUUCCUUUCAUAACAGUGUUCACCUGGACUUCAGCAAUAGACUGUCCUUAGUCAUCUGACCUCUUGUUUCAAUUCCCAUGAAGUUCUGUGCCAGUAAUGCUCUUAGCAACACAUAUUCUCCUGUUCUCUGAUGCUUAAAAUAAUAUUUAUCAUCCUGAGCUUUAUCCUCACCUGAUUAACAUAAAGAACACUGGUUUGAGAACUAGGAGACCUGAGUUCUAAUCCUGGCUUUCCUGGUAACUAGCUUAAUGCCCUUUGACAAGUGUCUUCAUGUCUCUGCUUUUUAGGACUCUCGUCUGUAAAAUGAAGACAUUGGCCUAAGGUUCUACCCAGUUCUAUUGUUCUGUUACUUGAACUCUUGGUUCCAAAAGAUACUGACUUUCCUACCCCUGACACCUGAAAAAUUGGUUUCCCUUAUUUUAGUGUACCCAACAUUUUCUUUUCUAGAUCAUUUUUACCUAGUUUUUGUUCAAGAAAAUAUCUGGGUCCCACUUAGUUGUUGUAGAAACUAGUUCAGAGAGAGAAUCUCUAGAAGAAAUUAGAGCUUUUGUUAUUAGGAACAUGUUUGUCUAAGAAUAAGGGGUCUUCGAACUCACAACUAGUGUUUAGAUGAUGAUAUUUCUCCUUAAGCUAAUAGUGUAAUUCCUUAAUGGUGGUUAAAAAUUUUAAGUGAACUGAAGUGAUCUUGAGAGGAAAACUGUGCUAGAAAAUUCUAAACUAUUGUUUCAUUCAUGCCUUCAAAAAAAUGUGUAUUGAGCAACAACUGUACUCAAGAUUUUGUUCUAGACAUUGGUGAAACAGACAAAGUAGACUUAAAAGUCCUUGUCUUCAUGAAGCUUAUAUUCUAGUAGGAGGAAUCAGGCUAUAAAUAUAAUAAAUAAGUAAAUUUGUUAGAAAGUUUUAAAUAGUAUGAAGAAAAUUUAGAGCAUGGUAAGGGAAAUUUUUCGUUUAUUUUUAGGCAGAGAAUGUUUCAAUGAGUGAUCAGGGUAGGCCUUAUUGAGAAGGUUACAUUUGUGCAAACACUUGUAUUCCUUUGUCUUUUCUUUCUUCCUUCCUUUCUUUCUCUCUUUCUUUCCCUCUUUCUUUCUCUUUCUUUCUUUCUUUCUUUCUUUCUUUCUUUCUUUCUUUCUUUCUUUCUUUCUUUCUUUCUUUCUUUCUUUUUAUUAUGGAAAUUUAAAACAUACACAGAGUUUUAAUGAACCCUCUUGUACCCAUUAUCCAGCUUCUACAUUUUAAGUGCUUACUUUAAUCAAGGAAGAGGAAAUGAAAAAGGACAAUCACUCUAUGGGCUCAAGAUGGCAAUGUCAGAGAAUCUCAUUUUGUCGUUAUAUACUGCUCCCCUUUAUGAAUAUUAAAAUAUUAAACGCUUUAUUUUUAGAAUUCAUAGAAAUUUAAAUUUUGGAACUAAGAACAAAGCAAAGCAAUGGAAAAGAGCACUUCUUUGCUUUCAAAUUGCACAAACUCCCCCCUGGAGAUUCUGAUACAGUCUCUCACCUCACUUAAGAAUGACUGUAAACAAAAUAGUGUAAGAGUGCAAGAAGUCAUAUACAAAACAAAAUUAAGCACAAUGGAAUUGUUUUCUCCUUCUUUAUCCAUGUAUUUCUGAAGUUGAUAAAGCAUCUGUCUUCCCUAAUUUACAGAAGAGAAAGCUGAGACCCCAAAAAACUGUCGUUUUUUUUUUUCAUAAAGAUGGAGCUAGAACUAAAACUCAAAUCUCCUAAUCUCAGCCCAGUCUUUCCGGUAGCUCAGGUUGCUUUCUGUAAUGAACAAGAAAGAAAUAAUUAGAGAUUUAUAUUUUGGCACAAAAGUUAUGGUAUUUUUUUAAUAUAUCAAAUAUUGAAACCAGUAAAUCAAUCAGCCCUAGCAAAUUUUUAUUUAUUAAUUAUAAAAAAUCCACAAGUCAGACAUUUUAUCUUUGAUUUUAGCCAGGAUAUAUUCUUUGUGUAUGUGUGUGGUGUGUGUGUGUUUUCUUCCUAGGAAGUGGUGCUCUCAAAAACCUCUCAAAGCACAUAGAAUUUAUUGUACCCUUUAUAUUUGUACCAAGUUGAAAUGUUUUGAGAUUAUAAAAGCAAAGUGCAAUCUAGUCGUGACUGAAAUUUUCCUGGUAAAGGAUCUGGGUUUUAUUUUUUCCUCACUUGUGGCUACUAUGCUUUGUUUUCUUCUCGCAGUAGAAUUCCCUAAAACAGAUUAGGUGGUGAUUGAACUGAAUUUCUUUGAGGAAAAGGGAAGAGCAACAAAUCUGACUUACAUAUCAAUUAUGGAAGCUUUCGUUAGCAUUCUUCUCCAAGUUUAAUCUCUGACCUGUGUGAGUUAGUAACUUUCUGUCUCUUAGAAGGGUUUUGGACUCAGUUGAAAAAUCUUGUACUUAGUCAUCCACAGAGACUUAUUGUCAGUCUGAUAUACAGAGAACAUUCUGGACAGGAAAUAUAGUAAGGUACCAAGGUCUGCAGACCUGGCUACUGCCUGUGAUUCAGAACCACCUCCCCACCCUAAGUGAGUAAAAAGAUUUGAUAUGAAUAUGAAUGGCAUGAAUCUCCUGGUGAUAUUUGGAGUGUAUAUGUUCCUAUAUGUUUGUUUGGAGAGUAUUAAGGGUAUUUACAUUGAGGGCUCUUUUGUUGUCCUUAUUUAUUUGAAAUUCUUAUUUUAUUUGCAGUGGCAUGUAUAUAUUUUCGUGAUGCUAAAUGCAAUCUCUGUGUAUACUUUUUUGUAUAUAUGUACAUAUUUGUAAAUAUAUGGUAUGCAAUGAUACAGUAUGUGUAUAUUAUAUACCCAUACCCAUUGUGGGCUGACGUUAUUUAAGUUCUGUGAGGACAUCAUAGUGGCAUUGUUCAUGCUGCUGUAAUUAGGUUGUGGCUGUAUCCCAAUCAUGAGCCUCUAUUUUGAGGGGCUUGUGUCUGGGUAAAAUGGGCUACUUUGGAGUUGAAAUUAGGAUACAAAGAUCUUAACAGAAAGCUGGAUAUUCUUAGCUUUAAAAUCAUCUGCCAGUUUCCAUUUAAACUGAUGAUAAAUUAGUGAUAUAAACCUGAAAAACCUAAGUAUGUGAAACUGAGACACCAGCAGGUUCUUAAGCUAUAUUAGUCCUUUAUUUUCUUGACUGUAGUUGGGUGUUAUUACUUAGUAACAUAUGUAUUUAUAUUAGAAUCAAGAGGCAGUGGAAAAAAUUACUUUGAUCAUAUUUCAAAAUAGAUAAGAAAAUGUCCUUUAAAUAGGGAAAUAUGUACCUAGUUGCCAUUUUAAUUUUGGAACUAUCAUUUUUUCAGCAGUGUGUCUCAUUUUAUAUGUCUCUGUGAGGCAGAAAAAGGGGCAUUAGGUAGGGGAAGGCUUUACCUAGGUGGGGUCGAAUUUAAUGAAGAACAGGAGGUUGAUAACCUGUAUAUGUUUGCAGUAGCUGUGAUUAAUUUAGUCCUGUCUUGGCAUUUGCAGCUAUAUAUUUUUCGUAUUGGAACUGCAUAUCAAAGAUGAGUACAUUCAUCUGAGAAAAUGUUUCCAGUGAAUAAAAUGCCUCCAGUUGUAUUUCUUUGUCUCUAUGAGACCACUCUGUUCUGUAAAUUGAUAUAUUCACACAUGAAGUAGGAUUCUGAAUGUCAGGUGCAUGGCAUGCUGUAAAAGGGGCCUUCAAACCUCCACCAAGAGUGACAAGUGGGGGAGGAUAAGAGGAUAGUAAACAUGUGUGGUGCCAAGUGGUGAACCUGUGGAAUAUCACAGAGAUCAAUGUUCGGUUACUCCUGUCUUCACGGAGCAUGUUUAUCUGCAUGGAAGAGUGUAGGAGAUGUUUAAAAUACACUUGAAUACAUUCACCACAAAAAUUAAGUAGGGGUUAUUUUUUGCAUGGUAAAAUAUAACUGCAAACAACUGGUUACCCCAUUAUUCUUCAGAAGAUUAAAUUUACCUGAUCCAAUUUUAAGUUAUCUUAAAAAGUUGAGUCAGUUCUACUGUCCCCUCAGAUGUUACAUUUGCCUCUUCAUUGUAUUUUUCAUAUAACAGCCAAUUGUACAUAACACUUCUCAAUUACAAUAUGAAAUUUUAAAUAAAGUUAUAAUAGCCUAUUUCUUAAACACAUAUUGAAAUUUAGUAAUGUACUAUUACUAAGAAAAUCAGUGAAAACAUUCACAGUGUCUGAUGUUCUGUUGUUUUAGUAACCAAGUCAUUUAUUGCAACUGGAGAAUAGCAGAAGAGAUGUUACGCUAUUUAAAAUUCAUGGAACUGUCUCACGCUUAACGUGGACAUUGAUUUGAGGAGAGUAGCAGCAAUAAAAAGUGUAGUACGUGAGACUGACAUUGUGAAUAUGACCUCUGACUCUCUAACAGUUGUCAAGCCAGACACUUUGCAGUUAAAUAAGAACUGCUUGGAAAACCAAGCCCUCUCCCCCUAUUUUCCUGCAGUUUUAGACAUUGAUACUUUAUACCUGUUCCUGCUGUGCUUCCAGUUCUUUUCUGGAUACUGUGACUUUACCUUAAAGAAAAAAAAUUUUUAAGGCAAUUCAUCUUCCUCAGACUAGAAUUUCAAAACAUAUUACAGUGUCCCAGCUUCACUGAAUUUUUGAACACAGAUUUAUUAAACAUGCCUUGUGUUUAAGGAAGAAUAAUUAAUGUGUGAAUGGAAUCAAUCCUUGAAGAGAAGGGUGUCAGGAUGAUGUAGGGGGACAUGCCCGUAAAUGGGUAAAAAUAAAUGUAUUAAAUUAAGUGUAACUAAUUUGUUGAUGCAUAGAAAUAUUUCCUUUGGAAUUCUGUAGAUAUGAAAUGUUUUCUUAAGCUAAAAUUGGUAUUUUUCACUUAUAAAUUUGGUGCAAUAUUGACUUUUGAGAAGAAUUCCAUUUCUGUAUGACAUUGUUACUUAAUCACUGAUUGAAGCACCAUUUCUUAAUUUAAAAAUAUUUUUGUUAAUUUGUGUUUUUUAAAAGUUAUUUUUAAAGUUAAUUAUCGAAUGAUUCUGAGCAGUAUGAUUUUUUUUAAAGACAUAUUUGAACAGGACUUUCAGAGUUUUUUAGUAGUUUGAGGUAUAUUAAUUCUGUACUCCAGAUUAAUCAUAAAGCCUGAAUUUGGUCAUAGAACAGACUAUAAAUUGGGAAUGUUUUCCUAUUUUGGUGAGCAAUUCCAGUCUAUAUCCUAAGACAAUCAUCUUUUUAGAUGUAGUAUUGUUUAUUGAGACAUUGGUAAUUUCAGGGUUCAGAUUUUUUUCACUUUUCUGAUAGGCUUAUGGAAUGAAAGUUAAUAGACUGAGUGUUUACGUCACUUUUCAGAAUGAGAUGGGGAAUUAUAGCUAGCCUUCCUUUAUGUCUGCAGUAAAUAAUAUUUAAAAUUUUAUGUUAUAUUACUAAUAUUCUUUUCUCUUUUGAAACUGUCAUGAAUGUCCACUUAUCCGUGAUUGAAAAUUAAGAUUUGUAAACAUACAAUUUAACCCAUAAGUCUUCUCAAACAUCAAAUCAGUAAGCUCAACCAUUGUAAAAUGUGAAAUGAUCAUAUAUAAUCCCAAAGCAAAUAUUUCCAAACCAUAUAGAAGUAAACAGCACUCUAUUUAAAUAAAAAAUCUUAUUCCUGCCCUUCUUUGCAUGUUACUGACUUUUUUCUAGAUUAUGUGUUGUGAUGUAUUAAAAAUCUGCAGGAAAAAUUGCUUAAAAUGUUCUAGGGCAAUAAGAAUUUUUAUUACUAUUUCUUGCAGAAUAAGGUUUUUAAAAACUGUUUAUUUUUUAUUGAAAAUAACUUAAUGGUUCAGUAAAAUAUUUUAGGACUUUGUGUUUGUGGCUUUUUAUAGUUAUCUGGUUACAUUCCUUUUGUUGCAUAGAUCACACGGCUAGUUCUCCAGCUGUUUUUUAUUUGUUGUUUUUUAAUAAACCUUGCCACUCAACAAUCAAAGAGAGAGAUUUUGGAGCCUUCUUCCUGUCAAAGUAGAAAGGUCUUAGUUGUAAUAGGAAAGGCAGAUGCAAUGUCCUACCACUUUCAUAGUAGAGCUUACAAGUGAAGGAAUUUAUCCAUAUAGGUUAUCUUCACUGUGCAGCACCAGUAAAAAUAGUGGUUUCAUUAAUCAUGGAAUGUGAUGAAGCAUUUUUAAAUCAUUUCCUACUUUGCUCUAAAGAAUUUUUGUCAUUUCAGGCCACAUCAUUAUUUUCUCUGAGUAGUUUCCAUUGUAAGGUUGAAUACCUUUUUCUGUAUUCAAAUCAUCACUAAAGGUUAAGAUAAUCAAAUAGGAGUUAAAAUAAGUUAUAUUUGAUCUUUUUUCCCUGAAAAUAAUGGUGAACCUAUUGUCUAUAUUAUGGAUAUUAGGCAGAAAUGCACUUGUUUCAAUCAUAGCAGAAAUUACAUUUGGAGAAUAUAAUUACUUGAUUUUCUAGUGGUGUGAAAUACUUUUUAAAAAUUGUGCUUGUCUGUAACUGAAAUGUUAUAGAAUUGUAACACUAUAAGGAUUAUAGAGUUAUAUUUAUUAGCUCUCUUCGAGAGAUUGAAGCACAAUAAUUUUCACGUAACAGUUCUUAUCCAAGUGCUGCUAAUCUGUUGUGCAAAAAAUGAAGCUAUUUGGUUGCCUAUCUAGCUACUCACAAAUCACUGUAAUCCUUGAAGUGUAGUCUUGUUGCUCAUUUGUGUUAAAUUUUGGGUAUUGUGGGUUAAUACUUUAGAACAAAAUCCAUCAACUCAGCUCUGUGAGACAACAAACCAUUUGGAUUCACUAGUUUUAUAUGUGUUCUCUGUAGAAUUAAAUUUGAAGGGGCUCUUCACUACCAAUGACUAAGGGGGAAAAUUAUAUUGUCAAUAUCAUUUCACUUGAACAAUUGUGGUAUUGUAAAAGUCUUAUCUGUUGUGUUUCUAAAUUAUGCUUAAGCCAUACAUACUCUUAAGGAUGUUUUCCUAUUGUAUUCCUUUUCAGCAGCCUUUGUCUGUUAUGGUUAAUACGUUAUAGAUUUUAGAAAUUGAGAAGUUAUUGAACAUUUUAUUUUCUUGAUCAUCACUUUUGACUCUUGUAUGAUAUGAGAUUGGUCAUAAAGGAUAGCAAGCCUUUCACUACUUCACUAAAUGAAUUUCAGAGUAAACACUGUGAUUCUGCAGAGUGGGUUCAGUAGGCCCUUGUCUUUCCAAUGUUUUCUUCUGUUAUGUGGUGCCUACCAUCUUGAGGGCGCUUAAGGAUGGAGAGUUAAAUAUUGUUUUGAUGUUUAUUGAAUAACAAGAUUACAGAAUAUUUGAUUUUUGUUGUCAGUGUAUUGAAGACAUUUUUGCAUUGAUAAAUGUUCUCUCUAGGAAUGUGAUUACAUUCAUCAGGUGUGAACUCCUGUAAAUGAAUUUUGUAUCUUGAAUUCACGUAUAUAUUAAGUGUAUCAUCGAUAUAAAAAUAAACAUUAUUUGCUUAAAGUU